CAACGAGCGUCUGGGUCUGGCUUGACGUCGAAUGCAGGCUCCUCGUGACCGUCCUCCUUGUAUAUUGGUUCAUGACGUAGCCAUUUGGGUUCAAGGCAAGUCUCUGCGAGCACCGCUCGAAGCCGGUCUGAUUCCCUUUUCACGCGCGUCAAGUUUUCGCGCGCGAUGGCACGCAGCAGCAGCAGCCCUCUCGUCGCUAUCAUGCUGUGCGCGGCGAUGUUGUGGGGGGGCAGUCACACAUUCGUGCCGCAGCCAGCACAGCAGUCCGCGGCCGCUGCCGGGGGUGUGAUGGCGGGCUUGAGCUUUUGGCAGUUGCCAGCGCUCGCAGCGCAAGGCCAGGACGCGAUCGGCGGGAGCAGCGUCGCAGUCGCCGGCGGAGAGGAGGCCUUGUUCUACGUAGGCAUCAUCUUCAUCACGCUCAUCACCUUGGUCCUGGCCGUGGUGUUGCGUGAGCCGCCGCGCGUGUGAUUUGGCAAAGGUCUUUGGAAAUAUGUGACCACAUUGCUCGCACCUUCUCCAUGACAUGCCCUCUAGCUCCCUCCCUCUGAGUACCCUCUCCAUCGCCUUCUGGGUGAUAUGGGCGGGGCGCCCUGUCCUACCACCGUGUUCCGUCAGCGUUUGGGCUGUGCUUGGCCAUUGGUUUUUGAUUAGUCAAUCAUACAUUUUUAUAUGCACGAGCUUUUUGCCGAUGCUGUGCUCGAACUGCGCAGCUGAACGCACCGAAAUCACAUUUAGCUUUAUGGAUCGGGGUGAGCGUUCGUCUUGGUUGUACUGGAAUGGGCACAUCGACGGAAUUAUGAUGCUCAUCAUGUGGUGGUUUUAGUGCUCGUGUGCAGCUCAGCAUCGCGGCAGCGUGCGAGAAGACCCACCGUCCACCUCUUUUUCUCAUGUUCUGCCAUUAUGUACCCUUGCCCUCUCCAUGUACUGAUACGCAUGCCUCCCUGGCACCCUAUCUCACCAUCUCUCCGUGCACUAUCCCAUCCUCCCGAUGAUCCGCGCGCCUGGCUGCCCCGCAGAGUUCAUCCUGC